GCAGAGCUGCUGUUCUGCACAGUAGGAGGAAUGUAUGAAAGUGAUAGCACUAGUAGGAAGAAGGGAGAUCGAGAGAGAGAGAGAGAGAGAGAGAGAGAGGAGGAUUUGGAAAGAGACUGCAGGGAACAGCAGGAACUCAAUAAAGUGUUGCAGAUGACAAGUGGAACACACUGGGACACUUUACUGACAUACAAGAGGAAAGAGAGUGAAUAAGACGUCUGGGAAGGGGCUGCAUACCUCACUGUUGUAGAACAUGGCUAUCUGGGAUAGAAGCAUGCAGAGGAAUUUUGGAGGGAAAAGGGGAGAGUGAGGGAAAGAGAGAGAGAGAGAGAGAGAGAGAGAGAGAGCAGAGGAAGGUAGCAGGCAUGAGUGAGGUCUGUCGGAUUCACUGAGGAUCAAGACAGAGAGAGAGCACAGAUAUAAAAAUACUCAGUAGCAACUGACACUCACACGCGCACGGUGACAUCUGAUUAACUGCUUGUCGAUCUCAGUUGUAUGUUGAUAACGAGCACCAGACAGUUUUACUCAGAUCUCAGUCCUGUACAGAUGGGAGAGAGAUACUGACUGUUUCCAAGACAUCCUGAAAGACCAGCAGCGUUGGACAAUGACUACUGCACCUAAAGAACUGGACGAGCUGUGCUACCUCACGGCGCAGUCCAUGACAUCACUGGUGACAUCACAGCACUUCAAGCUCAUCAAAAAGCUGGGGGAGGGCUCGUACGGCAAGGUGAUGCUGGCGGUGCAUCAGAGGAGAGGAACCCCAAUGGCUCUGAAGUUCUUCCCCCGCCGCUCCACAACUCUCCAAGCUUUCCUGCGGGAGUACAAUCUAUCCGUCUCCUAUUGCACACACCCUUCUUUAACACGGGCUCUAGGCAUCUUCUACUCCACUCCUUCUCACUAUGUCUUUGCCCAGGAGGCUGGUCUCUAUGGCGACCUGUAUAAUGUCAUUGUGUCAGAGGAGGGGGUGAGUGAGGAGUCUGCACAGCGUGUGAUGUCUCAGCUGAGUGGUGCUGUAUCUCAUCUCCAUUCUCUUGGCUUUGUGCAUCGUGACAUCAAGCCAGAGAACAUCUUCUUGUGUGACCGUGCUUGUCGCUGGGUCAAACUGGGCGACUUUGGCCUGGCGCGAGCACAGGGGACCGAGGUCCGUGCUGUGUGGUACAACUCCCCUUUCUGUGUGCCCGAGGUGGAGGGCGCCAAGACAGUCAGCGAUGCAGAGGAAGCAGAGGACAUCUGGAUGUCCGUGGAGCCCAGUUUGGAUACUUGGGCUUUGGGGAUCCUCAUAUACUGCCUGCUGACGAGCUGCUUCCCCUGGGAGGAGAGCACUUCUGAUGACCCUUCCUACUGUAAGUACAGAGACUGGUUCAACCGAAUCAAGCAGAGAGAGGAGACACAAGACACUGUGAGGGAGGAGAGUGAAGCUGAAAUUGAUGUGCCCCCGCAGUUUGACUCUUUAAGCUCAUUCGUCCUCACCUUGCUGAGAAAGCUGCUGAACCCGCUGCCCAGGCUUCGUCCGGGGCCUGAUGAGAUCCUGUCUUACCUCGGGGGACCUUGGUUACUGAAGACAGAGAAAGAGGAGAUGAGGAGAGAGAAGGAGGCACAGGAGGAGGCCAAGAAGAUACAUGAGAGAGGAAGGGUGGAAGGGGAAAAAGAGAUAUUGGGACGGAGGGAGAGAUAAAGUUCAUGCAAGACAGCAAUAUUACAAACAGAUGUACUAUACUUUCAAGAUUUUAUAUAGCGUUUAUAUUUUGGAAUAUUAAUCUUUUAUAUCAAUACAUUUUUUUAUUAUAAAACUGGAGAAACUUGGACAUUUGGACAGUGGUCCCAAAAUGUAUCUGGGCAAUUGUGGAAUUAUUAAUGUCAUUGCAUUAAAAAAUAGAUAUAUAAUUAUUAUAAAUUUGGGAUUUUUUUGUAUGAGUUAGUCACAUAUAAAUAUAUU